GAAUAAAUACUCAGCUCGUAUCAGUUGUGAUUAAUAUUUUCCAGCGAUCAGUUGGUAUCGUGUGUCGAUGAAAAACGUAACAACAAAUUUUCAAAAAUCCGGGAGUAAAGUAUACCAACGACGUGCGGUUAGGUGUACACCAUCAAAAUGGUAAUCAAUUGUGAAAUUAAGUUUGACCAGAAUCCUUACGGAAUAUACUUUGCCGGACAAACACUAUCUGGCCGGGCAGAAUUACGGCUAGCCAAACCGAAAAAAGUCAAAGGCGUGUGCUUAAAAAUUUCCGGUUACUCUCAUUGUCAUUGGACGGAAAGACAGCCUCGUGGAACCGGCCCAAAUAAACAGCAAAAUCGAUCGGCUAACUACAUUGGUCGAGAAGAUUAUUUGUGGACGACCACCUAUUUUUUAGGAUCUGAAGAGGGAAACCAACUCGAACUCUCGGCUGGCCAUCAUUCAUACAGUUUUUCCUGCGAACUACCGGCACAUCUACCCACUUCAUAUGAGGGAACUUAUGGACACAUUAGAUACACCGUUCGGCUGGUUCUGGAACGUCCGUGGAAAUUCGAUCAGUCUUACAAGGUGGCAUUCACAGUCUUGAAACCGUUCGAUUUGAAUUAUGACUCACCGAUACUGAGGAUACCCUCGCAAAUGGAACUGAAUAAAAAUUUCUGUUGUGGACCGUGUCGAACUGGACCAUUUUCCAUCGUUGCCAGCAUACCACAAUCGGGUUUCGUUUCCGGUCAAAUCAUAUCAGUAUCUGCAGAAGUGACAAACAUGAGCACCAUUCCCGUUGACGAAAUGAAAUUUGUGCUGAGGAAAAUCGUUUCGUACCACAGUCAAACCCCGACGUCAAAGACAAAGGAGGAAAUUGUCGAUAUACAGGAGCGGCGAGUGGGUGGUGUGUCGAAAAAUGAUCAUGGCAGAUUUUUGGUAUCGCUACCGGUGCCUCCUGUACCGCCGACAAAUGUUAAUUUGUGCAAAGUUAUCCACAUCAUGUACGAGAUUAAAAUUGAAGCCAGACUGUCGGGAUUGCAUCAGAAUCCGUACAUUCGCAUUCCCAUAACUAUCGGCACAAUACCAUUGAACCAUAGCUACCCGGAUCCCAAGUAUCCGACUAUCAAUACGGUCAGUCAACCGCCAAUAACCGUACAGCCGGUGAUGAAUACAUUAACGCAACAAGAAAUGAUCGAGGCACACGAUCGAGCAUCGAAUGAUGUUCCACCAACGGCUACAAAUGAUGCUUCAACUAUUCCAACUAUUUCAACAGAAGGUGGAGCAACCGAACAAUUGACGAAUAUUCCGAACAGAACGCCCAUAAUAAAUCCUAUCACCGACAGUGGAUUGAGGUCCAGCUACCAAGAAAUGCCUCCACCCUCAUAUGAGGAAACUGUCGGCGGUCACCGACGCAUCGAUGAUGAUGAACAACAUCCUAUCGGCCAUCAAUUGUACGCUCCAAGGUAUCCGGUGUACAAUUUCAAUGGUGGUGGAACGUCACAAAUGGCGACUGAAAGUAAUUCGAGUGGAAGUGGUCAAAGAACAGCGCCGAGUCCAGAAAAGAUUUUGGAGAAAAUGGAAAUGAUUUAAUGUGAAAUGAUAUAAUGGUGGAACGCGCAUGUGAUAUAAUGUUGAUUGAGCUGCAGUACCGUAACUUAUUUAUGAAAAAUGAAAAGAUUUGAUUUUUGCUCCA